AUGCAGCAAUUUCUGGCACAGAGUGCCAUUGCUACCGCUCUUACCGCUCCUGCCAGACUCUCAGGCAGCCAGAUCAUCAAUUUCUGGAGGACGGGUAAGUAUGACAAUGGUGGUGAAGAUGGAUCACCAUUGGACAUGCUACAGUCUAAAAAGAAGACAAAGUCUGAUAAAACAGCAAACUCUGAUGCUGUAAACUCUGAUCCCAUAAACACUGAUCCUUUAAACACUGAAGCUGCUUCUCCUCAAAAGCAGAAAAGAAGAAGACUGGUUGCAGCCUAUGAUUAUGAUGAUCUUGAACCUGCACAUGCCGUAAACUCUGAACCUAUUCCUACAACAGACACUGAACCUGUUCAGACCAGUCCUCAACAAAAGCCAGCUAGAUUCAAAAGAAGGGCUCAAAAGCCUGCAAGGGCAAAGGAUGCCAUUGUUCAUGAUACAGCUCCAGAAAACUACAAGUCUGAUGUAGUUGAUGAAUCUGACAAAGUAGCUUUGGAAGCUCUGCAGUCUCUUGCUAAGGCUGGUGAAGAGCCUAGCAAAUCACAGUUUAAAACUCAAGAAAAAUCUGCUCAAGAUACUGUUGAGAAAGUUGCUGAUCCUGCAUCUGAUAAUGAUGAGGAUGAUGAAAGUUCAGAUGAUGACAAUGAUGAAAAUGAUACUGAAGUUCCUCAGUCACAUCUACAACAAAAGUGGGAGUCUACCAGCCAUUCUGCUGCAGGACCCUAA